AUGGCGCCAAAGAAACGAGCGGGGCCUGCGGGCGGCGCCCGCGAACGGACAGACGAGGAACGGGAACGACUCGCCCAGCUCCGUGCGAUCAUUCUCGAGAGCGACAGCGAUGACGUCGAGAUCGUGGAGGAACGCGCUGCGAGGCCUGGACCAUCUGGCUCGUCCGGUGUGAAGCGGAGGCGUGACGACGGCGGCUCAGACCCGCGAGCGGACGACGACGCACAGGAUGCCCACAAUGGUGCUGAAGAGGGUGGAGCAGAGCCUGCUGAAGCGGCUCAGGCGGGCAAAAAGCGCACCAAGCGCAAGGACCCCAACGCACCGAAGCGGGCGCGAAGUGCGUACGUCAUAUUCAGCGCCGAGCGACGGCCGAGCGUCAAGCAGGCGCAUCCGGAUUGGAAGCUUCCAGAGGUGUCCCGCGAGCUCGCCCGCCUCUGGAAGGAGUGUGCGGGUGACGAUCGCAAACCAUACGAGGAACAGGCGGCCAAGGACCGCGAGCGCUACGAAGCGGAGAUGAAGGCAUACAAGGCGGCCCGAGGCGAGGCGCUGUCUGACGACGAGCAGGCGGACCGUCCGCAGGGCGGGGGGCGGAAGGGCAAGGGCAAGUCGAGGCUCCAGCCGCACGUCCUUGCAGCCCUGCUCGAGUUCGUGGCGACCAACCCUCAGCUCAAGAUGGGCAAGGCGACGGACGCGUUCGCGGGGACGGAAAUCGCGCAAGGCAGCACGAAGGCGGCCAUCAAGGCGGCUAUCAAAGAGUCUGCUGAACAUGUGUUUGGACGAUGGGUGAUCAGGGAGGCGGCAGUGGUCGCUGCCGAGACGUCCUCGGAGCACCUCACUUCGCUCGAGGGCGCGAACACGACCGUCCUCAGCGAGGCUGCGCUGGACCAGCUCCUGGAGGACAAGAAGAACGGUGUGCGACCCCAGACGGAGGAGGACGGCGACCCCUACGAGCUCGAGAGCGAUGAAGACCCUGCAGACUUUUUCUUCCCCGAGAGAGAGCUCAAGGAAGUGGAACCUCCACAGGAAAUCCUGAUGCCCCUCCUGCCGUACCAGAAGGAAUUCCUGUGGUGGGCGAUGACUCAGGAGAAGGGUCCGUUCCAAGGCGGCCUCCUGUGCGACGAGAUGGGCAUGGGAAAGACUAUUCAGGCGGUCUCCGUCAUCGUCAGCCACAGGACUGACGACCAGUACGCCGAUUUCGCGCCGGAGCCGCUUCCGCCGCUGAAGGAAGCGAAGCCGGAAAUACAGUAUGACUCGAAGGGCAAGCCAAAGAAGCCGAAGAUGAGCCACUGGGAGGUCGAGCACCCGCGGCUGAUUGAAGAUGGCUGCGAUGGGCAGCAACCCUGCAGAGCGACUCUCGUGCUCUGCCCGGUCGUGGCCGUCAUCCAGUGGAGGCAGGAAAUCGCGCGCUUCGUCAAACCCGGGACGCUGAAGGUCGUCACGUAUCACGGACCGAAGCGCGGCGGAGUGACCGCGAAGGACCUGCAGGAGGCUGAUGUGGUUCUCGCGACGUACAGUACGCUGGAGAACGAUUACAGGAGAUUCAUGAUGCCGCUCAAGGUGGAGUGUCCGUACUGCUCCAAGAAGUACUAUCCAGAUCGUCUGAAGGUGCACCUGAAGUUCUUCUGUGGGCCAGGCGCCCACAAAUCGGACGCUUUGGCGAAGCAGGAGAAAAAGACGCAGAAAAUCUGGAUCAUGAAGAAUAAAGCCCUCAAGGAGGACAGGGAGAAAGAAAAGAGCAAGAGCGCUCCACGUGCGAAAAAGCAGGACCGCGCAAAGAAAUCUCGGGUCACGAAAGUGAAGAAAGAGGAGGACGACUGGGACGCGGACGAGGCAGGACCAAGCGACCCGUCGAAGGCUCGUUCGAGGUCGCGCCCGAUCACUCCUGCGCGCACAGGCGGACACAGCGAUGACGAGGCGGGCGGCGGCGGGAGCGACGAUCCUGACUUCGAGGCGGACGACGUCGAGCACGACGAGGCGGAGGAGGAUGCCGAGUUCGAAGGCGGCGAGGACGACGGGGCAGUCGAGAGUGGCUCGGAGGGGAGCGAGGAAAACCCAGAAGAGUACGACCCGGAGCAAGACGUCAAAGUCGCGGAGCUAUUGAAGGAGUCCGAGACGAGCCGCGGCACGAGCAUACUGCACAAAAUUCUGUGGCGGCGCAUCAUCCUCGACGAGGCGCAUUCGAUCAAGGACCGCCGAACCAACACAGCACAGGCCGUCUUCGCCCUCAACGCCAAGUACCGCUGGGCCUUGUCCGGCACCCCGCUGCAGAACCGCGUCAACGAGCUCUACUCCCAGAUCCGUUUCCUGCGGCCGCUGCCUUUCGCGUACUACUACUGCAAGCAGUGCCCGUGCAAGUGCCUGGACUACCCGUUCCGGAAGGACUGGAAGCAGUGCGAGCACUGCGGCCACUCCCCGAUGCAGCACUUCUGCUGGUGGAACCGCAUGGUGGCGAACCCGAUCAUCUACCACGGGUACAGGGGCCGCGGCAGGGCUGCGCUGCUUCGCCUGCGGCACGACAUUUUGAACUCGCUCCUGUUGCGAAGGACGAAGGUGCAAUGCGCAGACGACCUCGCCCUCCCGCCACGCGUGGUGACGUUGCGGAAAGAGCGACUCGACCCGUCCGAGCAGGACUUUUACGAGGCGCUCUACACACAAAGCACGGCGGAAUUCGACUCAUACGUUGCGGCUGGCACGCUGGUCAACAACUUCGCACACAUUUUCGAUCUCCUGAUUCGUCUGCGGCAGAGCGUUUGUCAUCCCUACCUGGUGAUUCAUUCCGCGUCGCGGGCGCUCGCUGCUCCGGCUGGCGAUGACACCACCUUGACCGGCACUCCUGCGACGUCCAGUGGUACGCCCGGUGCAGCGGACUCCGCCGCAGAGGAGGCGGGCAUGUGCAGCAUUUGUCAUGAUCCGAUUGAGGACCCCGUCACCGCUGAGUGCGGGCACUCGUUCUGCCGUCUGUGCGUCGGGGAGUAUCUGGAAUCUCUGGACGAUCGGGCGCUGUGCCCGAAGGACACGUGCGGGAAGCCCCUCACAGUCAACCUCGGCAUCGGCGCAGAUGCAUCGCCUGGCAAACAGCCCGCGCCGCCGCCUGUGCUGUCCAAGCGGAAGCAGAAGUCCAUCAUCAACAGAAUCGACAAGUCGAAUUUCCGGAGCAGCACGAAGAUCGAGGCCCUCAGGGAGGAGAUCGACCUGAUGCUCCAGAAGGACCCGAGCGCGAAGUGCAUCGUGUUCUCCCAGUUCACGAGCAUCUUGGACAUCAUCGAGUUCCGCUUGCAGCAGUGCGGAGUGAAGACCGUGAAGCUGCAAGGCUCGAUGUCCCUCGAGCAGCGCGACGCUGUCAUCGACAAGUUCACCAACGACCCGUCGGUCGUCGUUUUCUUGAUGUCUCUGAAGGCGGGCGGCGUGGCGCUGAACCUGACGGCUGCUUCGCACGUGAUGCUGAUGGACCCUUGGUGGAACCCGGCAGUGGAGCAGCAGGCGCAAGACCGCAUCCACCGCCUGGGGCAGUACAAGCCCAUCAGCGUGACGCGCUUCAUCAUCGCCGGAACCAUCGAGGAGCGCAUUCUCAAGCUGCAGGAGAAGAAGCAGCUCAUGUUCGAGUCGACGGUCGGGCAGGACCACUCCGCGCUGGGCAAGCUCGGUGAAGAGGACCUCAAGUUCCUGUUCGGCCGGGGCUGA